CAACCCGUGCCGAGACCGAAGGACAAGGACAAGGACAGACGGAUGCUGCUGCAGCUGGAAAGACGCUUUGAUGUUUCAGGGCAGAACCUGGCUACGAGUUACAGCUCAUUUAAUGGUUGCACAUGAGUCAUCAAAGGCCUUUUAACCCCACCAGUGAUUUCUGCGGCAUUAAAUACGGUGACAUUUGCCUGAGCUGGUGGCAGAACGUGUUCUGCAGGCUGCUCUUCUGUCACCGUUCUGUUUAAAAGAGGAUGCCGAUCGCCUUUGACAGUGGAUUCUGCUCUGAAAAGCAGACCAGCAACAUCACAAGGUCACGCCCACCGCUCUCCGCGUGGGCGGGGCCUCGAGCUCAAUCCACCAAUGGGAGGCGGCGCGGGAAGUUCUGGUGGCGGAAAAUGGCGGCGGCGGCCUCCGCGGAGCCUGUGGAGAGCGGCGCUGGUGGCGAUGGAGGCGAUGGCGGCGAUGGCGGCGAUGGCGACCCCCGCGCACCGGGACGCGUCCAGAUCUUCGCCACCGUGGUGGACACCUUCCUGGAGAAGCUGAUGGCGGCGGGGAGCUACCAGAGGUUUGCGAGCUGCUAUCGGAGCUUCUACAAACUCCAGCCUGAGGUGACCAAGAGCAUCUACGAGCAGUUUGUGUCCCAGCUGCAGGCGUCCAUCAAGGAGGAGAUCCAGGAGGUGAAGGAUGAAGGGAAUCUGGAGAUGCUCUUUAAUUCACUGGAUAAGAUGGUGGAGGAGGCAAAGAACCGGGAAGAACCUGCAUGGCGUCCCAGCGGGAUCCCAGAAGAAGACGUUCGCAGCACCAUGGUGCUGUAUCUCCUCAAGCACAGGUCAUACCUGCAGAAAGUCCUCAAGGAGAAGGUGGAGGAGAACAGGAAAGCGGCAGAGUCUGUGCUUGCAGGGAGGGACAAGAUUGCGGAGCUGCAGCGGCUGAUCCAAGCUCGCAAACACGCCUGGCAGGCAAUUAGUAAAGAGCAACGAGAACUCAUCACCACGUUCAGGGAGCCCCAGUGAGGACAUGGGCAGAUCCUGUGACAUCCAGGCUCAUCCCGGGAGCGUUGCUGCCUCCCUGGGAAGAGAGACUGCACCUGGCGAUGCAAACCAUGCAACCACAUUCACCUUCCAGGGGUUGGAAGAAAGUAUCUUCCAGGGGUUGGAAAAGCUGCCAGGAUUCAUCAUUUGAUUUAAGUUUGUAGAGAAAUAAAAAGAGAGCAUGUUGAGAUCUUUGGAAAGAGGUCACCAUUUCUGAUUCAUCGCUCGGCUCAAGGAGGAGAAGAAUCCUGCAGGUCUGAUAGCAGAACACAUCUGCACUGGCACUGCUCCAGCGUGAUCCCGGGCCUGAUCCUGGCUCACAGGGAGCCAAACCUGUGCCUCUGGAGGGGUUUCAGGUACGGA